CUCAUCGACGUCCGCACCCCAUCCGAAUUCUCCACGGGCCACCUAACUUCGGACCUCUCCCCCACCAUCAACAUCGAAUACCAACUCAUUUCCACGCUGCCCGCAGUCUACGCCGAGCGCGGGAUCAAAGUCGCAAAAGACGACCGUAUCACGCUCUACUGCCGCAGCGGGCGCCGCUCUAAUCUCGCGCUGCAGACGCUGAGGGACAUGGGGUUUACGAAUGCGAGGGAUAUUGGGGGGCUGGAGGAGGCGAGGAGGGUGUUGGAUCGCGAGUUGGUGGAGAGGCAGUUGGAGGAGGGGUUUGGGGAGGUGGGGGGAGAGAGGCAAGGGAAUGUGGGGGGUGGAGAGGAGAAGGGGAAGGGGCAUCAGAGGGUGAAGAGUUUUGGGGUUUUGGUUGAGGGGCUGAGGGCGUUGGAGGGGUGA